AUGAGCUCUUCGAUAGAUCCUCUUCCCAAUGGGAAUGGUCACGCUGGCGAUCAUGACCACGUUAUACGCCCUCGACCGCGUAAACCCAAACACUCGCAAGUCUCGGAGGUCCUUCGCAUGUCCACAGCAGAAGAUAGCGAGGGACAUCUCAUGCCCGAUAAUUUGAGCACAGGAACUGCCAGUGGGUUGACUAGCGGUCGUUCCACGCCCGUUCCAGAGAAUGCGCCUCCAUCCGUUAAAGUCCUCUCGACAGUUCGAAAGCAAACCCGCGCAGAGCAACGUCGCCGUAUAUUUCCCACGAUCGAGUUCGCCUCGCGAGUUAGUCAUUUUGACCCCGAAAGCGAUUACCGAGAUUUCCAUGGCUUCUUCAACCUCUUCUGGAUUGGCCUUGCCAUCAUGGGCAUCACCUCAAUGCUACGCAACCUCAAAGACACUGGGUUCCCUCUGAGAGUGCAAAUAUGGGGCCUCUUCACAGUCAAGCUCUGGCAUCUUGCCAUUGCCGAUUUCCUUAUGGUCGCAACGACAGCUGUUAGUCUGCCAUUGAACCGUGCAGCUCGAAGUGCAAAGCCCGGAAGCUUUCUGUCCUGGGACAAGGGUGGAAUAGCUAUUCAGAGCAUCUACCAAGUUGCUUGGCUUUCGCUUUGGAUUGUUGUGCCCUUUCACUUCGAGUGGACCUGGACGUCGCAAGUUUUCUUUCUCUUGCAUACCAUGGUACUACUGAUGAAAAUGCACUCGUACGCUUUCUACAACGGACAUUUGUCUCAGACGGAGAAGCGACUCUACGCUCUCGACAACCCCUUCUCACCUCACGAUCGACGACCAGCCUACCAAUAUCCAUCCACCGAUAGUGUCACUAACGGUGAGGCUACUGCUUCUGGUAGCAAGAAGCGUCGGCGAAAUCGUAGCAAAAAGCGACAGCAAGCCAAGCGCAGCAACAGCGAUGGAAACAAGAGCAACGAGGAGCUGGAUGCUGCUAACAACAACCUUUUGGUACCCAGUCCUGUCGCGAGCGGUAACAACAGUGCCGACGAAGUCGAUGAGUUGCGAGAGGAUCUUGCCCGUGAGCUUACGAGUCCCAUUGGCAACGUCACAUAUCCAAACAACCUCACAUGGUCCAACUACAUGGACUAUCUCCUCUGCCCAACGCUCUGCUAUGAGAUCGAAUAUCCUCGAAUGUCCCGCAUCAACUGGAUUUCUCUCAUUUCCAAGAUCAUUGCCACUUUUGGUUGCAUCUUUCUCUUAACAAUCAUCUCAGAAGAUUUCAUUCUUCCCGUUCUUACCGAUGCCUCAGAGCGCCUCGAUGCCGUUCCCGCAGUAUCAUCGCUUUCCGAGAAGUCCCUCAUUCUAGCCGAGACCAUCUCAUGGCUUCUCUUCCCUUUCAUGCUCACGUUCCUCCUGGUCUUCCUUGUCAUCUUCGAAUACGUCCUCGGUGCAUUCGCUGAGAUCACUUGCUUCGCUGAUAGACAUUUCUACUCUGACUGGUGGAACUCAACCGACUGGAUGGAGUUCUCGCGCGAGUGGAAUAUUCCUGUGUAUAGCUUCCUUCGUCGCCACGUCUAUAGCGCCUCUCGACCUCGCAUUGGCAGAGGAGCUGCCACGGCGUUGACAUUCCUCAUCUCUGCUAUUGGCCAUGAGAUCGUCAUGGCUUGUAUCACCAAGAAGCUCCGUGGUUACGGCUUCGUGUGUCAGAUGCUUCAACUACCCAUCGUGAUGCUCCAGCGUACACGAUGGGUCCGUGGCAAGAAGACCUUGAACAAUGUCUGUUUCUGGGCAUCAAUGGUUCUCGGUCUCAGCAUGAUCUGCGCUCUCUACGUUCUCGUGUAG